UUUAUUAUUGCAUCCACUUGAACUUUUAAAUUUUAUUUUUUGUUUUGUUUGUGUAUUAUUUAUAUCGUUCAAAUAUCGACCCGUUUGACUUUUUAAAAUAAGAAUACCACCUUUAGCAUGGGUUAGUGAUAUCUGAUUUAUUUUUGUAAUGUCGUCAUAGUUCUGAUGAUGAUCUACCUGUAUCUGGUGAUGAAUCAAUGCAUGAAAUUCUGCAAAAAGCUUUGUUGAGGACAAUUCAUGAUAUUGAUACAAAAUUUUCACUGGAAGCUUUCAAUAACAGAUAUAUUUCUGGAUCCACGGCCACCAUCGUUCUCUUGGUGGAUGGUCAAAUUUUAGUUGCUAGUGUUGGUGAUUCAAAAGCACUCCUGUGCUUGGAGAAAAUCAAGUCUGCUUUGGGGGAUGAAGGUGCUUCAAUAACAGUGCUUGAUGUGGAAGAACUGACAAGAGAUCAUCAUCCAGAUAGAGAUGAUGAGAGAGCCCGAAUAGAAGCUGCUGGUGGGUUUGUACGUUUGUGGGGUGUGCCUCGUGUCAAUGGUAUCUUAGUUGUAUCCCGAUCUAUUGGUGAUGUGUACUUAAAAAGAUAUGGUGUUAGUCCCGUGCCUGAAGUGAUAGGUUGGCGGCAUUUAACUGCCAAUGAUUACUAUUUGGUUGUUGCAUCUGAUGGCAUCUUCAAGAGUUUGAAACCACAGAAAGUUUGUGAUCUUUUAUGGGAUGCAAAUGUCCAAGUAGAUGAAAUGUCCAAAAGCUCAUGUUCAUGUUCAUCCUCUUCCUCAUUGGCUGACCGCAUUGUCAACAAAGCGUUCAAGAAAGGCAGUAGGGACAACUUGUCAGCUGUUGUAAUUCCACUGAAUUUUACUGGUUUUCCCCAAGAACCCGCUGGACAGAAUUUGUGAUUUUGGAAAAUCAGCCAUUUUAGCCUUUCAAAAGGCAUCUGCAAUCAGAUCGAUAUUCUUCAAGUUUCUACUUUGACAAACAGAGCAUGUUUUUCAUUUGCUCUGAAACUCAUUUGAGAUAGGAUUGAUAACUUUUGAAAGUUAAGAGUUUUAGAGUUUUCAUGUACUAUUGAGGUUUUGGAGUGUUUUUUUUUUUUUUAUAUUUUUUAUAAUCGCUACAUUGUGGGUAGAAUACUACCAUGCUAUGUUUGGGACCUAGGAUUUGUUCAAGGGAAAGGAAAAGAAUUUUUUUUGUCAAUA